UCGCUGUGGACUCGUGCUGCGUUCCCGGAUGUUGGCGGUGCUGGUUGUGGUUGUGAAGCAGCGCGUGGUCGGAUCCUGUAUUGGAUCAUACUGAGCUAAUUUUGAACACAUUCAUCUCUGAAGAAUAUGAGCAAGAUGAGAACCGCAGAGAGACUUAGAAAAGCAUCAUUAAAAAGAAAAAAGAUUGUGAAAAGUUCAUCACAGAGCAAGAAGCUAUGUCAAGAACAGAUCAAAGUAGAGGUACCAAGAAUAUUAACUGGCAAGGAAGCUGCCUACCAUUCCUUUAAGGAUCUGAUUGAAAUCCAUUCCAUUAGAGCAUGCCUUCUGUCCUGGUAUGAUAAAAGUAAACGAGAGUUACCUUGGCGGAGGAUGGCUGUGACAGAAUCUGAUUUGAAUAAAAGGGCUUAUGCAGUUUGGGUGUCUGAGAUCAUGUUGCAACAAACACAGGUAGUUACUGUGAUCAACUACUAUAACAAAUGGAUGCAGAGAUGGCCAACCUUGCAGGAUCUCGCUAAAGCUACCCUUGAGGAAGUGAAUGAAAUGUGGUCUGGCCUAGGAUAUUAUUCUAGAGGAAGACGAUUAUAUGAAGGAGCACAAAAGGUUAUAUCAGAAUUCAAAGGUGAGAUGCCACAGAAUGCAGAGGAGCUACAGAAGCAGCUGCCUGGGGUUGGGAGAUACACAGCUUCUGCCAUUGCCUCAAUCGCAUUUGGACAGGUAACUGGAGUAGUGGAUGGGAAUGCUGUACGAGUACUGUGUCGCGUUAGAGCAAUUGGAGCAGACAGCACCAGUUCAACAGUGAUUGAAGUACUUUGGAUGUUGGCGAAUACCUUGGUGGACCCAUUAAGACCGGGUGACUUUAACCAAGCUAUAAUGGAGCUGGGUGCUACUGUCUGUACUCCCAAGGCUCCCCUUUGUUCGGAAUGUCCUGUUAAGGCCCACUGUAGAGCUUACCAUCAGGUUUUGAAGAAGCAGGAAUCAGUCUCAAAAAGACUGCUGGGCAAUACCUUGUCAAAAAUUUCCCCCACCCCAGAUAUUGAAGAGUGUGAGAAUUGCUCCUUAUGCUUGCCUAACAAAGAAUCCUGGGUUGGUAGUCUCGGGGUAAUGAACUUCCCAAGGAAAGCUGCAAAGAAACUACCACGAGCAGAGCGAACACUGACCUGUGUAGUUACACGGAAGAGGAAUGCUGGUGAUGCAGAAGAAUACUUCCUAGUUCAGAGACCUAACAUCGGACUGUUAGCUGGAAUGUGGGAGUUCCCCAGCAUUCUGUUGGAGUCUGAGAUGACAGAAAAGGAACAGAAAUGCAAGAUUUUAGAUCGGCUUACAGAAUUAUUGGGGAGUUCAGUUACAGAGAAAAAUUUUCAAUUUUUGGGGGAGGUAGUACAUAUCUUUUCUCACAUUCACCAGACCUACGUCGUGUACAGUAACUCACUUAAUAGCGCAUCAGUCGAUACUGUGAAGCAGGCGAGGACAAAGUGUCCUUCCUUCCGCUGGGUAACAAAGACCGAGUUUCAACAAUCAGCUGUGUCUACAGCCAUGAAAAAGGUUUUGCAAUUGUUUAGCCAUUCGAGUACAGAUGGGAAGCUGUUGGAUAAGGAUGUCAAGCGAAUCCAUGGCUCUGAAACAAAUAGAAACAAGCAGAAAGAAAGAAAACACAAAGCUUCAACAAACCAUGGGGGGAAACAGCUCUCAAUGGACAGUUUUUUCAGACCUACAGUGAAGGAAUCUCUAUAGUUGUCCAAAGAGAGCAGUUGAAUAAUACUUCAGCUUUCAUUGUUAGACUUCAAGCCAAAUCCAACCUAGAUAGUUAGCAGCUGAGGGUUUCCAUUGGAUGGAGACGCAUGCCAAGCUAUUCUUUCAAAAGUGGAUGAGAAGUAAGACUCUGUUAAUGUCCAAAACAAUUCCCUUCUCAUAGGGCUAUAAGACCACUAAUGGCAGUCAAAUAGUAGAGUAUUUUGUACCCUGUUCCAGGUAUCAUCUGUUUAUGAUUAUGUUGAUGUUCACAAAUGAUAGUCAGUUUGAGACUGGAAAUUCUUGGCUCUGCCUUGUACUGAGUAUUGUGCUUGUAAGAUGACUUUUUUCAUUUUUAGGUAAAGUACACUGACAGUUAUUUUGCAGUAACCAGAUGAUGGUUUUCAGAUAAUGACAUUCCAGUAGUUUUUUUUUGGCUGGACAACUCAUCAGGCAUGCACACACUCUCUUCGUCAAUCAUUGAAGCUAACUAUCAGGCAAACUCUGAUUCGAAAACAAAUGCACACCAAAUUUUAAUGUCAGUAACAAGUUCAAAUCUCUAAAUGUUGGGGCACUGCAUUGAAAUGUUCUUUGAUUGAUGGAAAGGUUACUGCAUUGGGUGUGGAAUCAGUAAUGGAGAAAGAGCUUUUCAUUGAAUGUGGGCUGUGAGGGGUAGGGAGAGUAUGUUGCAUUGAAUGUGGGCUCAGCAAGGGGAGAGCUUAGAACUGAAUGUGGUCUCUGAAUGAUGAAGAGCCAGUGCUGCAUGAGUCUAGGUUCAAUGAUGAAGAGAGAUUUGCAUUGAAUAUUGGCUUAAGUGACUGAAAUAGAGUUGCAUUUAUUGUGACCAUAGUGAUAGAAAAAGCUUUGUGUUGAAUCUGGCCUCCCUGUUGUAGAGAGAAUGCUGCAUUCAGCGUUGGCUUUGUAAUAGGGUCAUAGUCAUAGGGUUGUGAAUCAACAGCAUAGAAACAGGCCUUUCAGCCAACCAUGUAUAACCAACAAACACCAAACUAUACUAAUCCCAUUUACCUGAAUUUGGUCCAUAGCCUGCUAUGUUCUGGCAAUCUCCUCCCUUGUACCCUGGAAUAUAUCCCAUCAGGCUCUGGAGAAUUAUGCACCUUUGAUAUCCUUUAAAAUAUCUAAUACCUCUCAUUAAUCUUAAUAUGUUCUUGAGCUUCAGCAUCUGAGCAAUCCCUGGCUAUGUUGAGAGUUUUGCAAUGUGUAGAUUCAGUGUUGGAGAAAGUUCUACAUUGAAUGUUGGCUUAGUGACAGGUGGAGCUGGAGUUAUUGUUGUCUUAGUUACAGCAAGAGCUUUGUUUUGAUUCUGGGCUCUGACAUUGGGAAAAUACUACAUUGAGUGUGGCUUCUAAGUGAUAGAAAAUGUGUUCUUCGUUGAAUGUCAGCUGUAAGUAGUGGAGAGUGGGCUCAGUGAUUGUGAAGCUUUGCAUUGUGCGGGCUCUGAGUACUGACAAGAGAGCUGUGCAUUAGCUCUACACCAUUAACAGUUACCUAUAAUGGGUACCAGUACUAUUCAUUGUCAGUAUAGAAAACAAUCAAGAACAUUUUUCAAACAAACAAAAAUAGAAAUUACUGGAGAAACUCAGCAGGUCUAGCAGCAGUUGUGAAGAGAGAAAAGAGCUAACAUUUUGACUCCAGUGACCCUUCUUCAGGCCCUUCUGUCUUGAAAGAUCCGGCCUGCCCUGCUGAGUUUCUCCAACAAUUCUUGUUUUUGUUUGUUUUGGCUCUUGAGCAUCUGCAGCUCUUUGUUUUAUUUAAGAAUAUUUUUCUUCUUUUCUGUUGUUUUUGCAGUAAGUGUCAAAUAUGUUUAAUCGUGGAGGCCAGAAGACUGAUGAUUAAUGUUUCAAACCAGGUUGUGUUUUUAUUAUUUUAUUUUCCCCACUUAGCUAAGUCAUUACAUUUUAAUCACUCCCUCGUAUCCAGUUCUUCAAGUCUGAAUUAUUUAAUUAGAUUAUGGUCCUUCUUCAGACUAUGUCAUCAGGAGAAAAAAUCCACAUGGUGCAGAUAAAAACUCAAAUGCAUUCUAUAAAACAUGCAACUGAAAUUAUUAACUAAUGGGAUUUUUAUUUAUAAUUUAAGUUCAUAUGUUUCUUAUUUUUGUACAAGUAUAAAUAACAGAUGUAGUGUUUAACAUAUACUUGCAGCACACUGUACAGAGAUUUUACUUUGAAUUUAAUGCAUUUUUAAAACUUUGCCUUCAUUAACAUUGUGCACUCUUUUGGUAAAAUGUAAAACAAUUGACCACUAGCUUCUUAAUUGUCCACUAAAUAACUUAUUCUGUGUUGAUGCUCAUGCAGAGCAAACUAUUAAGGAGGUUGAAAAUCUGAAAAAGACCAAUAAAUACUGAAAAGGCUAAGCAGGACUGGCAGCUUAAAAACAGAGUUAAUGGUUGGAAUAUAAUGCUACCCUUGCAAGUGGGCUGAGUGCUAUCUCAUGUGCUGAACCGUUCGCCACCUUCCUGACUGCCCAUAGUUAUGUCUGGAACAGGAAGAAUCAAGAGGGCCCUUCUAGCCUGGAGUUCAAUUGGAGCCCAUAGGAUGAGACCAUUAAAGCAGUCACCUAUCACUAUAUGCAUUGAACCAGUAAUGGAUAUGGGUGAUACCAUUUGGACAGACAUCGCGGCACAGAUUGCAGGCUGAUGGCUUCACCCAACGGUGGAACCAGCCAGCAGCAAGGGAAGUAUCCAUAGAAUGAAACCUCCCUGCCCUUGACAUGCUUAUCUUCCUGCCCCAAUCAUUUCCAGGCAUCUAAUUGGACAGUUGGUAUCUCCUUGGUGGUGGGACUUGUGCCCUUCAGAGAAAAUCCUGCAGGAAAUUUACCAAAGCAAGGAACUCCAUUGGCAGCUUGCAGACUGAUUGGGAAGUAUUUGUGAUGGGACUCCUGAAAAUGGCUGUGGGGCUGUUGCUGCUAGGACCUCAGCAGUUAGAGGGUCUUGCUGGUACAGUAAACUUUGUGCAGUGUUUUAGGCCAGCUGCCUUUGUGUUGUUCAUGCUUGUAUACUCUAAAUGGUGAUUUUGAAAUGAAAGAUGCAUCUAGAAAUUUGAGAGACACAGCAGAAAUUCAUCCCAGAAGAGAGAGAUUGAUUCUUGAUUGGUAAUCACGAUUGAUUGGCGCAGGGGUAACAGGGAGAAGGCAGGAGAACAGGACUGAGAAGCAUCAAUCAUGAUCGAAUGAUGGAGCAGAUUCCAUGGACCGAAUGGCAUAAUCCUGCUCUUAUAUUUUCUGGUUUUAUGGUCUACUGCAUAUGUCUGUGGAGCAUAUUCACUGUAUCAUAUUUUUUAACCCUGUAUUACUAAUGACUAAUUUUGUACUUUUUUAAAAGUUGCAUCUUUUCCAAAUAAAAGCUUUGGAAUAUG